AUGAGCGCCUACGAGACGGCGUACGAGCUCCUUGACGCCCCAGGCACGUUUGCAACGAUUGGCACGUUGAAGAACCCAUCGCCGUUCCUCUUUACGCUCCGUGGGAUGGACGAGCCACUUGCGUGGCCGCUCUGCGUCGCGCAGGCGCGAGAGAUCGCAGCGCUCUUCCCCGACACCAAGAUCAUCCCGGCGUCCGCGAUCGAGUUGAACGAGCGGUACCGUGAUGGCCUCGACGACAUCUUGCAGGAGGCGCACGAAGCGUGCGAAUCCGCCUUGGUGCCAUCGGAUGCCUUUUACGUGAAUCUCUCGCACAUGGUUCUCGAUGACGAAGGCGACAGCAACUGUCUUCGCCCCUUGCCCGCCGCCGACGAGGACGAAGCCGCGCGGACGUUUGGCACUCUCGUCGUGCUUCUUCCGUCGGCGCACGCAGGAGGCGUCGUGACCUUCUCCCAUGGUAACAAGACGCAGCGAUUCAACGACGAUGUCUCGUUGCUGCAUGCAGCGUACGCUACCACGUUUCUCUCCUCGUCCAUCUCGUCAUCGCCCAUCACAUCUGGUCGCUUCGCCGCCCUUGUCUACCGUGUUGUCUAUGUCGCGGCGCACUUCAACAUGCGCUACAACCCGCCCGUGCAAGAUGCUGCGAUUGCUGCCUUUCGAGCGGUCGGUCUCUCGGUGACGGAACCGCACCACCGGAUCGGUUUCGACGUCCAAUUGCCAGAGGUGCUGCAAAUAGCUCUCGUGCACGCUUUGCUUGCGACGGGCUGCUUUGAUGUCGGCCUUGCUGCUUUUCGCAAGUCCGGCAGGAACGAGAGAGUCGUGAGCAAGCUUUGUCCGCAUCCCGAGUGCGACAUGCCGCCGUCCGUCGUCGCUUCAUGCAAAAAUAUCCAGUGGUUUCUACAAUUCCAGGCCGUCGACCAAGACACCAUCGAGUGCCCGGAACACGCCAUCGUGUUUUGGCCCAAGCGUCACCGGGCGUGGCUCGUCGGUAUCGCCGACGCCCUCGCGUUCGUCGUCUCCCAUUUCGCUGCCGCCCAGCCUCUCGACAGCAACCUCCUCGGUCUUGCAGACCCGCGCGAGCUUGUAAUGGCUGUCAUGUCGGCUUUUCACGUCCAAGACCGCAAUUCUGGCUGGCACGAGUCCGCUGAAGCAUUUGCCACGAGACACAAGCCGUCGCUACUAUCGCAGAUGCAGCGCAUCUUGGUCGCGUACAACGACUUUGAACUCACAACGACAUUUCUUCGCGACUGCAUUUCGAUCACAAACGACGUUCCGCUCGCUGAAGUCGCUGUCUGGCUCCAUGGUCUCUUGACAACCCAUGGCUGGGAGCGCUUCGAGCCGGCAAUGCUCGAGCUCGCGGUGUGCCCACCACUCCUUCAGCCAUUCGAGGCCGAGCUUUUCAAGCGCUGCUACCACAUUGUACAAGCGACGCCCGGCCUCGGACCCAGCCUUUUAAACGCCAAGAACGACUGGUAUGGCCGCGGCUCGGACUUUGUCAAGUACAGUCUCUUGCUCGAGCACUACGUGACGACCAUCGCGCCGCAACGGGCGGAUGCUAACUUUGUGGGCGCCUGCUUGCCACCGGUGCUUGUCGCUGCAGUCGACACCUUUCUUUUUCCAGCGCACCCGUCCAUCCUCUUGACGCUGGCCAGCACGGACGCCGAUCCGCUCAUGGUCGUUGCGGUCGGCCUGGCCUCGGCCGCGCUCACCCAGCCAUCGCUGCGACUGCCAGCGACCGUUCUCGAGGUCAUUUUUUGUGCAUUGAAGCAACUGCCACCGCGACGUCCGCGGAAAGCCUCGGUCGAUUCGUACCUCAACUUGCCCCUUCCACAGACCGUCACAAGCGUGGACGCUGCUCGCAGCGUGCUCGUCUUAGCGCAGCGAGCGAACCGUCUUGAUGCGACCUUUUUCAACACGUGCGCCGAUCGCUACGGGCUCUUUAUACUGCCAGCCAUCCGCCCGUUGGCAGACAACCGAGUCGACCUCGGCGCCUUGCAUUCGCUCGUCGUCGAGUACAUCCAGCGCUCGAUCCAUGUGCUCCUCGACAAGAUGGCGUGGCCAGACCUCCACGAAGUCGUUGCGAACCGUCAGCACGACGGGCAAUCCGUGUCCAUGGGCGUACAUCUCACGCGCGAGGCCGUCAUGCUUCUCCAGUCCUAUGCACCCGAGAGCGUCGCGUCGUUUGCGACGGCGUGGCUGAAGGCGCUCCCGACGGACAUCCGCACGACGCACAAGCUCCUCGUGCCGCUUGUGGACCUUCUGCCGCGCAACGUGGCGGCGUAUCGACUACUGGCGGCGGCAGCCAUUGCUCGGUUCGACGCGACGCCGCCGCUUCCACCGGUUGUGGACUUUGCACUUGGCGACGUGGCUCUGGACCCGACGCACUGCAGUCAGUGCAAGGCAACGCGGACGUUCUUGGACGACCCGACCACCAACGUAUCCGAGAACAUCGUGAUGACGGGAAGCCCAUGGGAAAGCCCCGAGCAGUGCCCAAACAUUCUCGGUCUUUUGCAAGCCCACGCAUCGCGCGUGAUCCAGGUCGAGCCCCGGCGCGAUUGGCUGGAGGCCUGCAGCUGUCGCCUUUUCAAGGUGGCCCAGCCCGGUCAAGUUUCGGUGGCCCAACUCGGAAAGCACCGUGCAACGGCAAGGAUCCUAGCGAGCGUCGCGGACGCCGUGGCGCGCUUCAAGACGACACUGCAACGGAUCGACAAAUAUGCAGAAGACUCUUUGAAGCCACGGCCGCCCAAGCGCCGUCGCCACGGAUAA